AUGCGGCAGGAGAUUCUGUGCUCAGACCGGUUCAUCAAAAUCUCCGGAGCGGUGCAGCAGGCGGAGGCAGGACCUCACGGGGUUUAUGUGAUGGCCAAAACAGUCAGAGGAACGCAUCAUAAUUCCGACUGUGUGGGUGCCUUUGUUCAAAACGUGCCAGAAACGUGUGAACACAGCGACGAUACCCACACUGUGAAUGGCUUCCCCCUGGCCAAGAAGAGAAAGAGUCUAGACAGACAGACCCUGGAAACGUCCCCCAAGAGGAGCACCUACCUAGAUGACAUGGACAACUCCACGAUGGAGGAAUGCUACGAGACAGACGGGACCGAGGAGAUGGACGACAGGGAGGAAGAGGAGGAGGAGGGAGCCGUAGAGGAGGAGGAGGGGGAAGUGGAGGAGGAGGAGGAGGAGGUCGAGGGCUACAUGGACUACAACGUAGAGCAAAUGGAGCACGAAGAGGGGGAGGUGGACAGAGGCGCUGGGGAGGAGGAGGAGGAAGAAGAGGAGGUAGAGGUGGAGCAAGAAGAGGAGGAGGAGGGCGAUGAGGAACGGGUGGAGGAGGCGGAGGAGGAAGAGGAGGAGGAGGAGGAGGAGGAGGAAGCAGUAGAGGAAGUGGACUAUGAAGGGGGAGAGUCGGAUGAAGGAGAGCAGAGUCAAGGGCAAGAGGACGAUCAGAUGAGCAGCAGCGAGGGGGGCGAGGGCGACAGCAGAGGUGGCGGUGGCGCUGGCGCUGGCCACGCAAAAUCUGGCCAGACGACGGAGAAGGACAACAACAACAAUGAAGAGUACGAAAACUACGACGAGCUCGUGGCAAAGUCCCUCCUGAACCUGGGCAAGAUUGCAGAAGACGCCGCCAACCGGGCCCUGACGGAGUCCGAGGUGAACAGCAACUCCUCCAACAGUGCAGAGGAAGAGGAGGAUGAGGAAGAGGAGGAAGAGGAAGAUGAUGAUGAAGAAGAGGAGGAAGAAGAGGAAGAGGAGGAGGAAGAAGAGGGGGUUGAAGCACAGAGGGGAGCUCUAACUUUGGACGUUGACAGUGAUGUGGUUCGGGAGACAGUGGACUCCCUAAAGCUGCUGGCACAAGGUCACGGUGCGGUGUUGUCUGACAAUUUAGACGGACAGGAGUUUGAGGAUGGCGCUUUGAACGGGACUGACCGUACCCAUAAUGGGGGAAAUGCACACAAUGGUGGACAACUUAAGACCUCCAGCAAUGGACAAAUUGAAAACAGCGAUGAGGAAGUGUGUUUAAGCAGUUUGGAGUGCCUACGAAAUCAAUGCUUUGACCUAGCUCGGAAACUAAGCGAAACAAAGUCCACCGACCGAAACGGACCUUCCCAGCAAAACCAUUUCUUGUGCGGGGAUCCCAAUCAGCAGCUCCAGCACCACGGCUAUGGGGAUUUCCACCACGGCCAAGACGAUAGGCGGAACUAUUCCGACAUGGACAAUCUCUUGAAGUUGGAGGAGCAGCUGAGCCCGCGCUCCAAAGCUUUCGCCAGUUGCGCACAGGACGACCGGUAUCGCACCAGCCACCGGGACUUCGAUGAGGACACCGCCUCAGUCACGUCGGACCGAUCUGAAGAGGUGUUUGACAUGACAAAGGGCAACCUGUCGCUACUGGAGAAGGCCAUUGCACUAGAGUCGGAACGCGCCAAGGCAAUGCGAGAUAAAAUAGCGGCUGAGGCUGCCAGGAGAGAUGGGGUGAGGUAUAACCAUGACGAUCAUGGCCCACGGCAUGGCUACGGUGUUGAGCGUAAAGCCCGCCUUCAUGAUGGCAUGAAGAAGCCUUUUUAUCACAAAGAUGCUUCUCGUGCGGACAAGAAGGAAAGCCGCUGUCCGACGCCAGGCUGUGACGGCACUGGUCACGUGACUGGCUUGUACCCGCAUCAUCGGAGUCUAUCUGGCUGUCCGCACAAAGACAGGGUGCCGCCAGAAAUUGUGGCAAUGUAUGAGAAUGUUCUUAAGUGUCCUACGCCUGGCUGCACGGGACGCGGCCAUGUCAAUAGCAACAGAAACUCCCACAGAAGUUUGUCCGGAUGUCCCAUCGCUGCAGCCGAGAAGCUGGCCAAAGCCCAGGAGAAGCACCAGAGCUGUGACGGCCCCAAAUCCAACCAGUCCUCCGACAGAGUCUUAAGGCCUAUGUGCUUUGUCAAACAACUGGACUAUCCACAGUAUGGUUACAAGAACAAUGUCUCCACCAGCACGCCCCGCUCCAACCUGGCCAAGGAGCUGGAGAAGUACUCCAAGACCAGCUUCGACUACAGCGCCUUCGACGGCAGCAGCAACCACCAGGUGUACGGGAAGCGGGCCAUCGCGCCCAAGGUGCACGGGCAAAGGGACAGCUCGCCCAAAGGAUACGACGCCAAACGCUACUGUAAGAACUCCAGUUCGGCCAGCAGCACUACCAGCACCUACGCUCCCAGCAGCAGCAGCAGCAGCCUGAGCUGUGGUGGCGGCGGCGGCGGCGGAGGAGGGGGUGCGGGAGGCGGCGGGGGCAGCAGCGCCAGCAGCACCUGCAGCAAGAGCAGCUUCGACUACAGCCACGACAUGGAGGCCGCCCACAUGGCGGCCACGGCCAUCCUCAACCUGUCCACACGCUGCAGGGAGAUGCCUCACAGCAUGGGGGGGAAGCCGCAGGACCUGUGCUCGCAGAGUCCCGGUGUAGACGUGGACGAGAACGGCACGUUGGACCUGAGUAUGAGCAAGCGUCUGUGCGGCCGUGGAGGCGGAGCCGGAGGAGACUCUGUGCUCACCCCUCUGGAGCCGAUGUCCCCCCAGAGGCAAGCCGCCCUGCUGGGCUCCCGCUGCUACGGCAUGGGGGACGCCGCUGACUGCUGGGACCUGCCAGUAGACUACACCAAGAUCAAACACAUAGAUGAGGACGAGAAAGACGAGGACGACCUGGACCCCUUCCAGGACCUGCUGGACGACCGCUCCUACACCACCGACGUGAACAUGCCCAGCCCCAAGCCCAAGUACAUCCAGUGCAAGGAGAGCAAGAAGGACCUGAUAACAUGGCCCACACUGGGUUGUGAUGGAAGUGGUCACUUGAGCUAUUUCGCCUUUCACCGGAGUUCUGACUUACUUCUCUCCUGUCUCUCAGGUUGCCCUUUAGCUGAUAAAAGCAUUCGAAGUAUGCUGGCCAACAACGCGCAAGAGCUCAAGUGCCCGACACCAGGGUGCGAUGGUUCGGGACAUAUCACUGGCAACUACGCCUCACACAGAAGUCUCUCAGGGUGUCCGCGGGCCAGGAAAAGUGGGAUAAAGAUCAUACACAGUAAAGAGAACAAGGAGGACCAGGAGCCUAUCAGGUGUCCAGUCCCAGGUUGUGAUGGUCAGGGACAUGUGACCGGGAAGUACGCGUCCCACAGAAGUGCGUCCGGAUGCCCCAUAGCAGCCAAGAGGCAGAAGGACGGUUAUCUAAAUGGCAUCCAGUUCACGUGGAAGUCUGGCAAGACGGAGGGCAUGUCCUGCCCCACGCCGGGCUGCGACGGCUCGGGUCACGUCAGCGGCAGCUUCCUGACGCAUCGGAGUCUGUCGGGUUGUCCGCGUGCCACCUCCGCCAUGAGGAAAGCCAGGCUCUCCGGAGUGGAACUGCUCACAAUAAAGCAGCAACACGCCAGCAACGGGCUGGAGCACGAGGAGGAGAUCAAACAGCUGGACGAGGAAAUCAAAGACUUAAGUGAAUCCAAUACGCAGGUGGAGGCGGACAUGAUCAAACUGAGAACGCAGAUCACGACAAUGGAGUCCAACCUGAAGUCCGUAGAGGAGGAAAACAAGGUGAUUGAACAGCAAAAUGAAUCUCUCCUGCAUGAGAUGGCCAACCUCAGCCAGUCACUGAUUAACAGUUUAGCUAAUGUCCAGCUCCCUCAUAUGAAACCACUGGCACACAAAGAGCCUCCACUACGGAAUAACAGCUGCUUACAGAUGCACCAGCAAGAGCAAAUCAGCGAUCAGAACUUUGAAUCCUAUGUCACCACUUUAACGGAUAUGUACACAAAUCAAGAGCCGUACCAGAGCCAGGAAAACAAAACCCUGUUGGAAAACAUCAAGCAAGCCGUGCAAGGGAUCCAAGUGUAA